AUGAGCGUUUCUGUGCAGCCAGCGAGCGCGAGCGCGAGCACGUCGACGAUGCGUCGAAAACCGAAAUUCACUUAUCAGUCACCGUUGCCUACGGACGUACGAGAUCCAACGAGCCUCAUAAGCUAUUCGAAGAAGACCUCACCACCUCCACCACCUCCACCACCACCAUCGCAAGGGUCGGGCCUGGGUCGGCCUUUGUCUGCAGGACCGACGUCACCAUCUGGUGUGAAAAGAAAGACGUAUAUGGGCAACACAUCACUUCCUCUAUACCAUCCACUGGGACGAUUGGCGUUGUCACUGCCGCCUUUGGACCCUGCCAAGUACGGGUUACCUGUGCUUGCUAGACCGGAUACGGAAUUAAUAGCUCAGCAAGCUCAACUACAAAAUCAACAAGCUAUAUCAUAUUCAAAUGGGAAUACAUCAUGGCGUACGACGCCUACUGGGGCUGAGGACGGUGGUCAGACGUCAACGACGACGACGACGACGGAGAAGGCCAGUCCUCGUAAGAGAAGAAAUGGUGGUGGUGGUGGUGGUGGUGGAGGGAACCGUCGGAAGAGGAAAGAGACGGAGGAAGACGCUAGCUAUUCUGCUGCUAACAAACGGCCGAGAUAUCCCAGGGGAGCCAACACGAAUGGGAGCGUUAACACGGAAGAGGACGGGCCGGCGAACGGUGAAACAGUGAAUGUGGAGGAAGAGGAAAAGAGGGUUGUGGAAAGACGAACGACGCGAUCGCGGGCGAGGAGAGACUCAACGGCGAGUGAGACUACGUCGGCAUCGACGAGGGCGGCGAGCGCAGUGCGAAAGGAAGACGGUGAGAUUGAGAGUAAGAGACGGAGCAGGAGCAAGGAAGAAGGGGAAGUGAGUGAGGAGAGUAAAUGA